UAUGUUUCUUCCCAUCUGAAUAUUCAAAAUGGCGGCGAGUUUGUGAGGCUUUGGGCUGUAGUGACAUAAGAUAACCCAAGAUGGAUAAGAGGAAAAAACAAUAUAAUGUCACGGCUUCGUCGCUGGUUGAUUUGAAAGCAGAGCUUUAUAGGAAGCAGGAAGCCUUCAAGCACGAGAAGCUUGCUCAGGAAACCGGCACUGCAUCCAAACAACACAAUCACUCAAAGAAACCCAGCGUUUGGAGUAAGCAGAACCAAGGAGUGACUGCACGAGCUCAGAAGGAUGUGGAGAAAACAGCAGAGGAGGAGCAAAACAUAGACAAAUCAAGGCAGAAGCUGGAGGAGAAAGCUCGCCUUUACGAACAAAUGACUAAAGGGGAUUUUCCAGACGAGGAGACAGAAAGUCUGUACCUGGUGGACUUCACACAAAAAAUAAUCGAGCAGAAGAGGGCAGCACAGAGGAGAGCGGCUGAACCAGGAGAUGGAGACAGAGAUGGAGAAGGAUCGGGCACGUCCGUUCCCAUCCCGCCCCCUGAGAACACGGACGAGGAAUGGGUGGACUACAUUGAUGCACUAGGUCGAUCACGAAAGUGUUUAAGGAAAGAUUUACCUCAGUUUCAAAAGAUGGAUCAGGAUUUACACAACAAGCGAGUUACGGGAACUGACAGGACGCUCUUGUCUGACGACAUGAGGCGAGAGAUGCAGAGAGAGCAGUGGGAGAGAGAGGAAGAGGAGCAGAUGAAGAGACCCGUUGGACCCGUUCACUAUGAGACCAUCCGUGAUCAGGAGGCCAGAGAGUUAGGUGUUGGCUAUUACGCGUUUUCUCAUGAGGAAGCCCAGCGCAAGAAACAAAGAGAAACUCUGGACAUGCUGAGAGACCAGACUGCCGAGCAACGCACAAAGAGAGAGAAUCUCAAAGAGAAGCGCAAAGCUCUGCUCGAGGCUCGCCUCGCUAAAGUGAGAAUGAGGAAAGGAAAGAAAAGCAAAAUGGAUCCAGGAGCUGAGGAGGAAGAAGGUCCUGUUCCUGAUGCUGCUGCUCAAGAGGUCGAGAACGAUCCCGUGGACGCGAUUGGACCUCCACUUCCUCCUGAAAAUCUUAGAAAGGUGGAAGUGGAAAUUCAGGAAAGGAAAGACUCGAGACCGGGAGUGCCACAUGUCAGAGAGUGGGACAGAGGGAAAGAGUUUUCCUGGGGUCAGUGGACAACUCGAAGACGGGAGGAGAGAGAUUCAGAUUUUGCCCCGCCCUCUUCAUAUUACGGAGAUGAGCGACACAGUGGUCCUGCACCCAAAGGGCGGGGCAAAGGGAACCCCGGAUUCAAAUUGUUCGAGUCACCCAGGGGAUCAGAUCAGGGUGAAGCAGAAAGACAACCUAAAACAUCACAACAACCGUCUGCGCAAACGCAAGACCUGGACGCUCUUUUAUCUUUUUACAAAAACUCUGUUUAAACUUUAAAAACAAAAAAAUCUCAUUUUAA